AUGAACAAUCUGCCACAGGAACUUGUCGACGAGAUAUGCAGUUACAUGCCCAGGGAGGACUUGAAGCAUGUGCUCAUGCUCAAUCGCCAGUUUCGCUAUGGUGCAGAGCGAUGCUCUGGAUUCUUUGACGAGUACACUAUCAAGGAAGAUAUCUUCAAGCCAAUGCUCCCACCUGUGUUGAAAUCGCCAGACAGCGAAGAGUUACCGUGCCGUGAGAGCGCCGAGGAAAUACGUGAGAAAGAUGAACCCUUUACUCGCCAGGUUCAACACCUCUUCAACGUUCAACACCUCUCCGACACUCUUAGCCUGUUGGAGCAACAGGCUGGGGCCAGCAGUCAAAGAUACAUUCAGCUUAAGCCUGGCCAUUUUAUCGAAUAG